CAAACUUCAAUCUUAUUUUUUUCUCCAUCAUUGAACAUGAUAUCUUGUGGUGGCCAGUCGAUAACUGCUUUGGUGGUGCAAUCGCUAGUGAGGCUGGUGGUGAUGAUGGUGGAAGAACCGGCGGCAUCAGUCACAACCAUCCUUUACCGCAGCGGUAUUCUUCCUCAAAACACCAUUCUUGGGCGAAGUAUCACAUUCUUCAUUUCUUUCACUUCAAACUUCAAAUCACAGUCACUCAGUAAGAGAGAGAUGAAGGGUACUUCAAAUCUCAUAAUCUUGUUAACUCUGGUUCUAGUGGUCAGUCUCGCGAUGGUUUUGGGCUUGAUUUUGCUUCUCUUAGCUGAGCUCUAUUGUUCGACUUUCCUCCAACGCCGCCGCAACCGCCGCCGUCAAUUUACAACUCCCAAUGCCACCACCACCGGUGGCAACCCAUCUAUACAUUCUCAUGCUCAUUCUCAUUCUCUUUCUCAUUCAACCCUUGAUGGCUUCCUUUACCCUGCGGAUGCCAGCUACGACAUAGAAAAGCAACCCACUCAGACCAACUCACCGGAAAAUCAAGAUUCCGGCGGAGCCCAACGCCAAGAUAAGAUGGAAAUCCGAAAUGGGUCUCCAUUGAUUUACAUUUCUAAUCCGGUUUUUGAUGGUGAAAGUAGAAGGGGGAAAACGAUGGAAGAUGAUGAUACUCCCUUUGAGACGCCGGACUCGUCGCCUUCUCGGUUGGGAACGGAAGAGUCCUCCGGCGAUGAUGAGAGAGAAGAAAUAUCUUCGAAGGUGGUGGUUACACCGCCGUUAACGCCUAUGAAGAGGCUGCCGGCGGAGGCGGUUUCUGUGUAUCUGAAAGAUGUUCGGUCGCUGGGGACUUCUGGUAGUGAUACGAACAGUAACAAUGGAGCUUCUUCUUCUCCGUUAACGCCUUGUACUUCUCCUUCGUUGUGA